GGUUGCAGAAGCAAUCCCAUUGGACGUCAACCUGUCAGUUUCCUGACGAAAGCAAUAUUUCAGGAAAGGACAUCCAACGUGCAGAACGGUUUGAGGGAUGGCGGGUCCCAGAAAGAUGGCGUCAUUUCGCCUGCCUCCCCUGCCCACCAUUGGGGAGGUAAUCAAACUGUACAACCUGCGAGCAGAGAAACAGCUGUCCCAGAACUUUCUACUGGACAUGAGGCUCACAGAUAAGAUUGUGCGCCAGGCAGGCAGUCUGAGGGACGCCCAUGUGUGUGAGGUGGGUCCUGGACCUGGAGGUCUGACCCGCUCCAUCCUCAACGCUGGGGCUGCAGACCUGCUGGUGGUGGAGAAGGACAACCGCUUUAUACCUGGACUAAAGCUCUUGUCUGAAGCAGCACCAGGGAAGCUCAGGGUUGUCCAUGGUGACAUACUCACAUACAGAAUGGACAGAGGAUUCCCAGAAGGCAUAACCAAGGCAUGGGAGGAUGAUCCACCGGACCUGCAUAUCAUUGGGAACCUUCCCUUCAGUGUGUCCACUCCUCUCAUCAUCAAGUGGCUGGAGAACAUAUCCAACAGAACUGGACCCUUUGUUUACGGCCGGACCAGACUCACCCUUACCUUCCAGAAAGAGGUGGCAGAAAGGUUGACAGCCAGCACGGCCAGCAGACAGAGGAGUCGUCUGUCCAUCAUGGCCCAGUACCUCUGUACUGUAAAGAACUGCUUCACCAUCCCAGGACAGGCCUUCAUCCCCAAACCUGAGGUGGACGUGGGGGUGGUACACUUCACACCGCUGGCUCAGCCUCAGAUCCAGCAGCCCUUUAAGCUGGUGGAGAAAGUAGUCAGGAACGUCUUCCAAUUCCGGAGGAAGCGCUGCCGCAAAGGAAUCGAAAUGCUGUUCCCGGAGGCGCAACGGCUGGAGCUGGCGGAGGUAAUGAUGCGUGAGGCGGACGUGGACCCCACCCUGCGCCCCACAGAGCUCUCCAUCCCUGACAUCAGAGCCCUGGUGGAUGCCUACAGCCACCUCUGCUCUGAGAACCAGGGUCUCCUCACCUACGACUUCAGAGAGGAACUCCGACUCAAACACCUUAACAGACGACCGGGCAGCAGCUCCAGUGGUCCUCAGCAGCCCGUCUGACAGAGACGCUUAAAGGGCGGAGUGGAAGGAAGGCCUAAUGGUCUCCGUUAGCGAUGAGAGAGACAACGGACUGCUCUUAGCGCUGACAUUUCCACCUGGCACCCACAUGCAUUUUUAAACGCCAUUUCACUGUAGUCCCGGAGGCGCUGGAUGAGACCGUGAAUCUUAGAUGGGAUAGAAACAACAGGGGAGAACUGAACACUGGGCCGUGGCGGGAGAGACUAUGGGCCUCGGUCCAAACUGGAACAGCUAGUGUGGCUAACACACAUACUACAGCUCAGGCACUCCAGUCCAGUUGUAAACAAAGAAUAGUGUGUGACAUUACCUGAUUUUAGUGGUGAGACGUAAUCAUUUUGUAGGUUCUUAGAUUUGUCAUAUUUUACACGUUCAAGGAUUUUUUUGUUGUUGUUGCAUAUCCCAACUCUGAUUCACAGCCAGGGUCAGCCUAGAGCAAUUAGGGUUACAUGCCUUGCUCAAGGGCACAGCAGCAGAUUUUCACCUUGUCGGAUCGGCAACUCAAACUAGUGACCUUUCGGUUACCAACACUCUAGGCUACCUGGCGCUUCAAGCUCUCGUGCGCUAUACCCUGGUUCUUACCUCCGAUCCAGCUUUCCCGUAACACCUCGUCCUCUGGGAGAUGGAGGCCGGAAACAUUUUCAGGACGAUUUAGAGAAUGAGAACAUGUUGACGUUAUUCAGGCCAUUCCACCUCUCACUAACUAGAGAGGAGGGAAGUGCUGUAGGAAAGUUGUCAGCUCUUGGUGAGGCUAUUGAAAUCCUAAAAAGUGAGAGGACUCUGUGUGCCUUGUUAUAAAACGCUGGCCAUCUGUUUUGAACAUUGUGGGUGAGUGAUGAUAGUACAAUACUCAAUGUGUACAAAUAAAAAUCCUGGCAAAUAGUUUUUUUGCCUGCUUCUGUCAAUUACCUAUAUCGUUGGUCCAACGUAGAGAACAAGGAUUCUUCAUUUUUCUGACAGCUCAACAAGGAAUGGCAAGCUUAGCCUUGGGAUGGAGCUAAAAUAAACGUUUGCUUUAAGCUCAUCUCAUUGACAGGUAAAGGCAGACUGAGGCUGCUUUUAAAUAAAACAAGCGCUCUCACAGAUCACGUUUAUUUAUAAAACAGUUCCAUAAGAAAAGGGGCUUUUCACAUUCAUUGGUAUGCAAGCUUUAAAGUGGAGUCGAGGGCAAACAGCUUCAAGAUGCAACGGCAAAAAAAAAAAAACCUUUA